UUGUCGCAGAAGAAUUAACAAGGGGCGUGGAAUCUGAACCCCUCUAUUUGAUUCACCAUAGAAAUCUGAAAUUGUUUAGCAUGCAAAUAGUUAACGUUACAAAACGUGGCAUAAUUUACCAAAACGUUAACGAAAUAUAUUGAAUAGCCUACUUACACGUUCAUACAGAGAAAAGGGGCGCCUCAGACAAUGUUUUGAGUCCUCAAUGUGCUAGCUAGCUUCGUAGAUGUUCGUCGCCAUGUUUUUCCCGCUCCUACAACAACAUGUAUCUUCUUACGUCUGCGGACCAAGCUACACUGGUGACCAGUAGCUAGAGACUACAAAGAACUCUGCAGUCAAGCAAGAAACCGGGUGGCGGUGCAAUGCAAAAAAAAAAAAAUCUGGCAAUUGCCGCUAAAGCUCAUCCCAUACUGUCUCUGAUGGGCCCUCGUACACACUGAUUUAUUUUGAAAAAAAGUCUACUGAACAUACACUGUACCUAUAAAUUGUAGCCACUUUAACUAAGACUUGCAUGUGAUGUCAUCUUUCGUAUUUUCUAAAAUAAAGUUGAAUUUAUGUAGACACCCUAAAAUCUACUAGCGACAAAUGUAUUCGUUUCCACCUGGCUUUUAAAAGUGUCAACCCCGAAUAUGACCAUAAAACAUUUAGCUGCGCCAAAAUUGGCGGUGUUUUGAUAUCCCACGUGGAAUAUCGUCCCACAAGCAGAACAACAACCGACCAGGCGAGUGUUUCUUGCGGAACAUUUAACGUGUCGUACCAAACAUUCCGCGAAAAAAAACGGGAAGCCAUUUUAGUAAGAUGUGACAAGUGUCAGGGAGGAUAAUGUGCAUUUGACUGCAGAGAGAGGAGAUGAUGCUCCCUGCCAGAUUAACUUCUCAAAUCAUUCUGAACACCUGGAGGCUGCGUCACCAUGGGACCUGCUACUCCAACCUCCCUAGCCUCUCCAGCAAUUACCUGAACAAUCAGAGAAAAACCACAGCCUCUACCCACCACCCAGAAAAUAGCCCGCAAUCAUGGUUGUUAAAUCCACCAACCAGACUUGAUGCCACCAGGAAAAGACUGUUUAGCCUGUCAGCGGCUGGGAUUGUCAACUCUGCCCCAGCGCCCAUGAAACCCUACCUCAGAUUAAUGAGACUUGACAAACCAAUCGGAACAUGGUUGUUGUACCUGCCUUGCACUUGGAGCAUCGGCCUGGCUGCAGACCCAGGCUGCCUCCCACAUCUGGGCAUGCUCACAUUAUUCGGCACGGGGGCCCUGCUGAUGAGAGGGGCUGGCUGCACCAUCAAUGACAUGUGGGACAAGGACUUUGACAAGAAGGUUGCCAGGACAGCUACUCGGCCAAUUGCUGCAGGGGAGAUCACUCAGAUGCAGGCUCUAGUCUUCUUGGGGGGUCAGCUUUCUCUGGCAUUGGGGGUCCUGCUUUGUCUCAAUUAUUACAGUAUAGCUCUUGGAGCUGCUUCCCUAUCUUUGGUAGUCACAUAUCCACUAAUGAAGAGGAUCACCUACUGGCCACAGCUUGUAUUGGGACUGACCUUCAAUUGGGGAGCACUGCUUGGUUGGUCAGCGGUCAUAGGCUCCUGUGAGUGGUCGGUGUGCCUACCUCUGUAUUUCUCAGGAGUGAUGUGGACAUUAAUAUAUGACACCAUCUAUGCCCAUCAGGACAAAGAUGACGACAUCAGGGUAGGAGUCAAGUCUACAGCAUUGAGGUUCCAGGAACAGACCAAGCCUUGGCUCAGUGGGUUCAUGGUGGCCAUGAUGUCAGGGCUGAUUGUGGCUGGGGUCAACGCAGAACAGACUCUGCCUUACUAUGCAACACUGUCAGCUGUGGCUAUUCACCUCACACAUCAGAUCUACACAUUGGACAUCAACAAACCAGAGGACUGCUGGAAAAAAUUUGUUUCAAACAGAAACCUUGGACUACUCCUGUUCUUAGGAAUAGUCUGUGGAAACUUGUGGAAAGAACAAAGAGACAGUUCAUUGCAAAAUGAUUAACUAGCGGUACAAUGAACUUCUCAGAACACAAGAUUUACAUUCUAGUGUGCAGAGGACAUUCUAGUUAUAUAGUAGUACACAACCCAUUAUUUUGUAAGUCUUGACCGUAUUGGGUGUUGUCUCCUAAUAAAGCUCAUGUUAAGCUCUG